AUGCACGCCUGUAUUACUCCUCCACCAAGUUCUGUGGGACAACCGAGUCCUACCCGUGAUACGGAUGAGCCUCGCCAAUUGAGGCCCGUUCAGAACCUCUGCUCUCCAUUCCGUGACAGUCGGAUGCAUCAUGAUAUUCAAAGUACAAAAACACAGUCCAAACACACAACGACGUACCCUCGUCAACUAUCACCAUCUUCCGAUGACACCAGCAAUGAUUCAUCACUUGAAGAUGAGCUUCGUGCACUUCCGAGCCCUCCUUCUGGCAUCAUGCGCAACCUGUCUCGGCUUGUGACUCGUGCACAAAGACAGUUCAAGCCCUAUGACCCGCACCAUAGCCAUGCGCCAAACGCAAUAGAACUUCGUCUUGUUCACAGGUCUGUUGGGAAAUAUGCUAGCGAGACUGAGAUGAGUCUACCUGACGUCCAAGAGGGCAAAGAUAUCUUCGAGCGUGGCUUGAGAGGCAUGUCUCAUAAGACUGUCACUCAAGCUGUUAUCGCGAAGCAAGCUACUCGCGAAUCCAUGCGCUUACGUGUUCUGACAACGACCUGGGAGAUUGAGGCAAAUCUGCAACGCAUCAAGCUUCUUGAAUCCAUUCUCGAGCAAAAUGCUCACGAAUAUGCUCGUAGCAUUGCGGAUGCUUCAUACUUCCAAAGGUAUUUGGCUGGAGGCAACAAGCAGGAGCUUGAAGCUAGCAUGGACUUCAGUGUUGGGGCACAUAGUCACGAUCUUGCAUCCUUCGUGGUUACUGACACACAACUUGAUCACAUCCAGGCCCUUGCGCGCAAGUUGUGUCUGCCCGAGGAAGCUCCCGUUGAGGUUGUGAAGGGGCAGUCCUCCAACUCCGAUUGCUAG